GCGCAACAACUAGAAAAGCUGAAAAAUGGAAGUGACGAAUAAAUACAUAGUAAUAAAGCAUCACGUUGAAGAUGCACCUAAACAGUCCAAUUUUGAGCUCAAAACUAAGGCUUUUGCUCUGUCAGUUGAGUCAGGAUCUGAUGAUAUCAUUGUGAAGAAUCUCUACAUUUCUAUUGAUCCCUAUCAGAUUAACCGCAUGAAGAGUUAUAGCUCUUCCCAGGGCACUAUAAACUUUGCAGUGCCCAUAACCCCAGGCGAGGCUAUUGAUGGUGCUGUUAUUGGAAAAGUUGUGGCUUCUGGGAAUGCUAAGUUUCAAAAAGAUGAUUUGGUGAUGGGAGUAUUCACUUGGGCAGAGUACAGUUUGGUCAAAGAAGGGAACAUAAUAAAAAAAUUAGAGUCCUCUGAAUUUCCACUCUCUUAUCAUCUUGGAGUUCUGGGAUUCAAUGGACUGUCAGCUUAUGCGGGGUUUUUUGAAUUGUGUAAACCCCUAAAGGGUGAAAAGGUCUUUGUCUCAACAGCUUCUGGAGCAGUUGGAAACUUGGUAGGGCAAUAUGCAAAGCUUUUAGGUUGUUAUGUUGUUGGUUGUGCAGGGAGCCAGAAAAAGGUUGCAUUGCUUAAAGAAAAGCUAGGAUUUGAUGAUGCAUUCAACUACAAGGAAGAAACAGAUCUAAACUCCACUCUUAAAAGGUAUUUUCCUGAUGGAAUUGAUGUAUAUUUUGACAAUGUUGGGGGUGAGAUGCUGGAAGCAGCGGUUGCUAACAUGAAAGCAUUUGGAAGAGUGGCUAUUUGUGGGGUAAUAUCUGAGUAUACUAGUGCUGGAAAGAGAGCUUCACCAAACAUGUUGGAUGUUGUGUACAAGAGAAUCAACAUCAGAGGAUUUUUAGCUGCUGAUUUUCUGAAUGUUUUUGAAGAUUUUUCCACAAAAACUUCGGAUUACAUACGUACAGGGAAGUUGAAGGUGAUUGAAGACUUGUCAUUGGGGGUGGAGAGCAUCCCUUCUGCUUUUGUUGGACUCUUCAAAGGGGAUAACAUUGGAAAGAAAAUUAUAAGUUUAACAGAAGAGUGACGAAGGAAUGCCACAAUUUACCUCUAUGAAAGUAGCUAGUGUGAUGAAUUUGAUCUUUAAGAAUAAGAUUGUUGUUUUGUUUAACAGGAGAUGAGAUGAUUGAAGCUUGAGAAAUUCAUUGAAAAAGGCUUUGAAGUUACACCUCAUUUCAACUUCUGCAAAAGUAAACUUUAGAAUCGGCAAGAAUAAAAUUGAUUCACAAUUUUACCGUUUUUUUCUAUCUCGUAGGCCUGAAUUGUCAGGUUAUUCAAGGGUAGUAAAAUAUAUAAAUCCCCAUAUCAUAUAUAUAUAUAUAUCAACAACUUAUGGUUGAAAUGUGCAAAUUAUUAUUAUUUUUUUCGUUUUUCUCUCUCUUUUUUUGUUUAGUUUCUCACUUCUUCCACGUGUUAUGUUCUUCAUUAUUUUGGCUAUUUUAUUACUCCCGCUUGCAUGUGUCAUGCUUCCCUCACCUCCCGUGCAACCUCUUCGUGUUCUGCUUUCAUGCGUCUUUGUUCCACCAUUUUUCAAUUUUCAUUUUCUCAUUUAUGCAUUCCAAUUCCGCACUCUAACCGCGAUCCUGCAUUUUCAUUCUCUGGUGAGGUUGUCACCUGUGUUGGUUGAAGAAGUUCACUUCACCUUGGUCGACAAUGGUGCUGCCACGUUGGAGAAACCAAUGUCGGUGGUGAAAAAUUCGUAGGAAUUAGGCAUGCUGGAGCCUCCCGAUGAUCCCAGAGAAUGCGCCGUUCAAUACUCUUCUUUGCCUCUCAUCUCUUUUCCUUUUUAUGGUUUUCAUCUUCUUCUUUCACAACUCACAAAAAGAAGCAUUUUUAUGUUUUGCAUUUUAGGAUUCAAAUUCAAAUCGACUGUUAUGGCUUAUGGGUAUGUGUUCAUCACUGCAAGGUGUCCGCAUUUGGGUUUCUCUCCUAUUGAAAAAAAAUAGAAUGCAAGACACUUGUGUUGAGCUAUGACCAAUACAAAGAUGCAUAGGAUACAAGUGUUGUAAUUGAGAUCAAGCAAGGUAGGAAAGUUGCUUGCUGAAGCAUUAUUGGGAGGAUUGCAGGGAAAUAGAUCUUUUGAAUAAAUCAAAUGCUCUUGCAAGAUGAUUUUGCAUCGAAGAAUAGCAGUUGAGAGGACCAAUCAAUUAUUAAAGAGUUUCAUGCUUUUCUCAGUGGCAACAAAGGAUAUAUUGGAUGAAACAACUACAAUUAAGCUUUUGGAAAGAUAUAAAAAAUGGAGGGAUUAAAAGAAAAAAGAUGCAGAAAAUAUGAAAAAAGAUAAAGGUUCGAGCAUCAGGCCCAGCCCAAGACGCGCUCAGUGCACGCUAAGCGCGAAAACUGGUACCUACGCUAAGCAGAGCGCGCUAAGCGCGAAAACAGGCACUUGUGCUAAGCGAGCAGAGCGCGCAAAGCGCAAGUACACAGACCCAAGUCCUCUCCAGCAACUAUAAAAAGGGAGUCAAGCCAAAGGGAAAACACACUGAGUCUCACAGCACUCUCAUACAUACCCAAAGCCUGAGAACUCUUCCUUAGGGAAUUCUCUUCUCUCUCUCAUCAUUCUUUCUAUUCCCUUCUUCCAUCCCUUCUCCUCUACUAAUUCUUAUACCCUCAUUUCAGUGUAAGGCCCUCAAUGGCCAUGAGAGGCUAAACCCCUAGUUAGGGUCUGGCAGGCCUAAAAAGCCAAAAGAUGUAUGAUGUACUCCAUAUUUAUCAAUGCAACAGGUGUUUUCUA